UCUGAGUGUGCGGUGAGUAAGCAGCUCUUCCUCUUUUCCCCUGGAUGUGCUUUCAUACUGAGAUUGCAGCGGCAGCGUUCCAGACAUGGUGAGGAGCAAGGGCUGCCUGGCACUUGUGCUUCCCAGGUUUGGGACCCAACGCUCAAGAAAGCAACAGAAGUUAGAUGUGUGUGCAGACCCGGGCCACGCAGAUCCUGGUGCCUCUAACUCCCUUAGCUCAGAGCUGCUCAACUGCGGUCCCCAGCACCGGAAAGCGACGUGGUCGGGAGGAGUGAAACUUCGCCUAAAGCAGAGGUGCAGUGAGCCUGCCGCUCGCCCUCACUCGUGGCAUACCACCAAACGUGGGGAGAACCAGCCUGAUGCCAGCAUGAUGCAGAUAUCCCAGGGCACAGUGGGACCUCCCUGGCACCAGAGCUACCAUUCCAGCUCUUCUACAAGUGACCUCUCCAACUAUGACCAUGUUUAUCUGAGGCGGAGCCCUGACCAGUGCAGCUCCCCAGGGAGCAUGGAAAGCCUGGAGCCUAGCGCCGGAUACCCACACUGCCAUCUUCUUUCUCCUGCCAAGUCCACGAGCAGCAUCGACCAGCUUGGCCACCUCCAUAACAAAAGAGACUCGGCGUAUAGCUCCUUUUCCACCAGCUCUAGCCUCCUGGAGUAUCCACCCCCUGGUGGCUCGGGCCGAGAACGGUCAGGCUCCAUGGACACAAUUCCUGCCCGAGGCAGCCUCCUAGAAGGGAUGAGGCAGGCAGACAUCCGCUAUGUCAAGACCGUCUAUGAUACCCGGAGGGGAGUAUCUUCCGAGUACGAGGUGAACCCUUCGGCCUUGCUUCUUCAAGGUAGGGAUGGCCACGCGUCAGCAGGUAGCCAGGGCUGUGCUAAAUGGCACAGCGUUCCUCGGGGCAAGGGAACGCCAUCCCCAUCUUGGAUGCAGGAGUGCGCCAGUCCCUUGGAGACUGCCACUGACAACCUGCCUCACAAGGUGGGCGCACCCAUGCCCCCCACUCGGAGUGACAGUUUUGCGGCCUUCCGGCACCGUGAUCGUCCCAGCUCCUGGUCCAGCCUUGAUCAGAAAAGGUUCUGCCGGCCCCUGACAAACUCCUCAGGCCCCCUGAAAACCCCAUUCAUGGAGGAGCAGCUGCAUCCCGUCCCAGAGAGCAGCCCAGAGAACAGCCCCCCAGUGAAACCUAAGCAUAAUUAUACUCAGAAGACGCAGCCUGGCCAACCCCUGCUGCCCACUGGCAUCUAUCCGGUACCUUCUGCAGAGCCUCGCUUUGCCCAGGUGCCCCAGCCCUCUGUAGGUAGUAAUGGUACAGUCUAUCCUGCGCUGGUCAAAGAGAGUGGCUACUCAGCUGCUCAGGGAGCCUGUAACAAGAUGGCUGCCUUGGAUGAGAAUGGGAAUCAAAGUGAAGCUAGCAGGCCCGGGUUCGCCUUCUGUCAGCCCCUCGAACACGACUCAGUGACCCAGGUGGAGAGAAAGCCAGAACCCACGGCCAAAUAUGUCCCCUACAAAGUCCAUUUUUCUUCAGUGCCUGAAAAUGAGGAUUCCUCCCUGAGGAGACAUGUCACACCUCCCCAAGGUAACAGCCCUUAUCCCGGAGAGAGAAAGAACGCCCAUGGCAGCAGACUGUGUUCUAAUCAUCACAGCGCCUCAGCCCCUCAGGCCCAGGCCUUGCGCGUGGGUGAUGACGGGAGGCCUUCCAGGCUCCCUCAGCCCUGGGAGGGAGACUUGCAGGAAGAUCAAAAUGCCAACCUCAGGCAGAAACCGGAGAGGGAAGGUCAUGGCCAGAGCCUGUCAGGCAACUUUGGCAGGACCAAGUCGGCCUUCUCGUCGCUCCAGAAUAUCCCAGAGAGUCUAAAAAGACAAAGCAGCAUAGAUCUAGGAGGAGAAGCCCAGGAGGUUUAUCCCGGUGGCAGGUCCACCUAUGCCCUCAGCACCAAGGUGGAGGACCCUGGAAGGAAAGCAGGGCCCGACAGCAGGGGCUGCCUGGACAGGUCUGUUUCCUGUCCAAGGCCCGAGGGGAGAAGGAACGUUGCAGCAUCUUUGCAUGGUGCAGACUCAAGGUAUGAAGAGCCACCAGACCCGCAGCUGCAGCACACAUCCGGUCCAGGCCAGAGGAGGCUCAGUGCCAGCAGCGCCUCUGCCCUGCAGUACAGGAAACCCCACUGCUCUGUGCUGGAGAAGGUUUCCAAGAUAGAAGAGCGAGAGCAAGGGCGCCACAGACUUCCGAGUGUGGGCAGUUCCGCUUACGGCCCUAACUAUAGGUCCAGUAGGACUGGCCCGACUCCCAGCACUUCCAACAGUGACUUUGAGGAUCCAAAACCCAGCAGCAUCCACUUCUCUGAGUCCACUGAGCACCUGCGCAAUGGGGAACAGAACCUCAAGAACGAGGGAGAAGAGGUUUCCUGGCAGCAGUGCGGCCAGCAGCUGUGGAGGGCUGCCGCGGAUGGCCAUGGGCCGCCUCCUGUCCGAGGCAGCGAGCCCCCGAGGCCCGAUGGCCGCCUACUGCGCAGCCAGAGCACCUUCCAGCUGUUCAGUGAGGCAGAGAGAGAAGCCUCGUGGUCCGAGGACAGGCCCAGCACCCCCGAGUCGCCACUGCUGGACGUGCCCUUCAGCCGUGCCUACAGAAACAGCAUCAAAGAUGCCCAGUCCCGCGUCCUGGGGGCCACCUCGUUUCGUCGCCGGGACCUGGAGCCGGGCACCCCCGCAACUUCGAGGCCCUGGCGCCCGCGACCCGCCUCUGCCCACAUGGGCAUGCGGAGCCCCGAGGCCGCAGCUCCCUCGUCCUCCCCGCACACCCCUCGGGAGCGACACAGCGUGACCCCAGCUGCAGGGACCCAGCCUGCGCCCCAGGCUGCCCGCAGAGGUGCACGCCGGCGGCUCACGCCCGAGCAGAAGAAACGCUCCUACUCUGAGCCGGAGAAAAUGAACGAAGUGGGGGUCUCAGAGGAGGCCGAACCUGCGCCUUGCGAUUCCCCGAGACCCGCGCCGCUGCGUUUCUCGGAGAGCACCGUGGCCGACCGGCGCCGCAUCUUCGAGCGCGACAGCAAGGCCUGCUCCACGCUCAGCCUGUCGGGCCCCGAGCUGAAGCAGUUCCAGCAGAGCGCCCUGGCCGACUACAUCCAGCGCAAGACCGGCAAGCGGCCAGCCUCCGCCGCCUGCCCCCAGGAGCCCGGGCUGCGCGAGCGGGCACAAAGCGCCUACCUCCAGGCCGGCCCCGCGGCCAAUGAAGGACCUAGCCUGGCCUCCGCCUCUAGCCUGAGCUCACUGCGGGAGCCCGAGGCGCUGCCCCGCAAGGAGCACCCCAACCUGUCCACUGCAGAUGCCCCGCAAGUGCCCCGAGAUCGCAGCAGCUCCUUCGCCAGCGGACACCUUGUCGGGGAGCGACGACGCUGGGACCCUCAGGUCUCCAGGCAGCUGCCCAGCGGAGCCACCGGUGGACCUAGGGGUGUCCAGAGAAUAGACAGGACCCCUAGCGGGCCACCCUCCUGGGGCAUGGUGGCCGCGAAGGCAGGGAAGUCCAAGUCGGCCGAGGAUCUGCUGGAGCGCUCUGAUACCCUGGCAGUCCCUGUGCAUGUGAGGUCCAGGUCGUCUCCCACCUCAGACAAGAAAGGCCAGGAUGUGCUCCCGAGGGAAGACAGUGGCUUUGGUUUUGUGAAGGAUCCAUGUUGCUUGGCUGGCCCUGGCUGUAGGUCUCUCAGUUGCUCAGACAGAGGCCAAAAAGAGCAGGCAUUGCCCCUCCACCAUCCUACCCCUUGCUGGAAUGACUUGGGCUUCAACGCCACUGUGGGUUCCUCAGUUCCUACUGAAUGUUCCGGAGCCCCAGACCACCAUCCAAAGCAGCUUAGAACGCCUUGCUCUAGGCCACUUCCGGCAGGAACUCAGGGCCACUUCCCAGAUGCCAGAGCUGCCUCUGUGGCCCCACUCAGCUCCGCUCAGCCAUCACCUGUCCCCUCCAGUUACUGUUCACAGCUUGCCGUUGGUCAGCCGACUGAAAGGAGCGGUCAGACCGGACGACAGCCUCUCCCGUCCCCUGCCUCUGCAGUGACUCACAGAUACAACGGCCAUAGCCUGACCCAGCCCCCGAGCCCGAGAUACCAUGAGGUCAGCAGCCCGGAGCACGGGUUAGAAGAAGGGAUGUGGAAGAGGGCAUCCCUGCCUCAGCGCCCCCCUCCACCCUGGGUGAAGUGGGCCCACGCAGUCAGAGAGGACGGCCUUUCUGAGGACGCCUUGUCGCCCGAGAUCGCAAACCGGAAGCACUAUAGAAGCCAUCAGAGUCUUCCAAGCUCAUGCAGCACUUCUGACCCAGACACUCCAGGAAGGAUCUCUCUCCGGAUAUCAGAGUCCGCCCUACAGACCUCCCCGCCACCCCGCGGGGACUAUGAGGACGAAGUGUUCAUGAAGGACUCGCACCCCAAGGUUACUUCAAGCUCCAUGUGUGAGACUCUUCCCCCGCCUCCACCUCCGCCUCCUCCACCGAGCGAGGAAAACCUGGCAAACGGUUCAGACGACUUCCCGCCACCUCCUCCCCAAGCCGUGUGUGAGGCGCUGCUGGACAGCGAGGCGUACAUGGAACCUGGCAGCAGCACUUCCUGCAGACUUCCCAGGGUGACAGCCACAAGCAAAGGGCACACGUCUGGAGCAGCCCAUCACGAAGGCAGUCAGGGAAUGCCUGCGACACCACCCCAAACCCUGGCCAAAGGUUUGGAAGCCAAGUCCAACUCACCCUGCAGCGAGAAUGCUCAGCCUCUGCCUACCAGUGCUCUUGGCGAGCAGCCCUCUCCCUGCCAGGCCCGAAACCUCGACCCUGAGCCAGUCGGCAGAACUCAGGAUCCAGGGAAGAAAAUCCAUGCCGGGCCCCAGAAGACCUCAGAAGAUAUCCGGACAGAGGCUCUUGCCAAGGAAAUCAUCCACCAAGACAAAUCCCUGGCCGACAUUCUGGAUCCAGACUCCAGAAUGAAGACAACAAUGGAUCUGAUGGAGGGUCUGUUCCCCGGAGAUUCUAAACUGGGGAAGGAAAGCGGCAUAAAGAAGAAAGCCUUAGAAAUGACCGCCAGACAUUCCGGAUGUGAAGCCAAGACGAGCGAUGACAAGGAAGCAGUGGGCGCGCUAGUGAGCUGCCCUGCCUACUACAGUGUGUCUGCUGCCAAGGCGGAGCUGCUUAACAAAAUCAAAGACAUGCCGGAGAUGACGCCUGAGGAGGAGGAGGAGCAGGAGGACGUCAAUGAGAAAAAGGCCGAGCUCAUAGGAAGCCUCACCCACAAGCUCGAGACCCUCCAGGAAGCAAAGGGGAGUCUGCUCAUGGACAUCAAGUUGAACAACGCACUGGGGGAAGAGGUGGAAGCCCUGAUCAGCAAGCUCUGCAAACCCAACGAGUUUGACAAGUACAAGAUGUUCAUAGGGGACUUGGACAAGGUUGUCAACCUGCUGCUGUCCCUGUCUGGACGCCUGGCCCGCGUGGAGAACGUCCUCAGUGGCCUUGGUGAAGACGCAAGUAAAGAAGAAAGGAGUUCUCUGACCGAGAAGAGGAAGGUUCUGGCCGGGCAGCACGAGGAUGCUCGGGAGCUCAAGGACAACCUGGACCGGCGGGAGCGUGUGGUGCUGGAUAUCCUGGCCAGCUACCUGUCGGCCGAGCAGCUGCAGGACUACCAGCACUUUGUGAAGAUGAAGUCCACACUCCUCAUCGAGCAGCGGAAGCUGGAUGACAAAAUCAAGCUGGGCCAGGAGCAGGUCAAGUGUCUGCUGGAGUCACUUCCCUCGGACUUCAGGCCCAAGGCAGGGGCCAUCUCCCUGCCCGCAGCCCUCACCAGCCCUGUGGCUCCUGGGGGCGGCUCUGCAAUCAGUGGCAUCUUCCCAACGUUGACCUCUCCCCUUUAACCCGAAAG